AUGCUGUUCUUAUCUGCUCUUCUCUCAACAACACUUUUUGCAUUUGUUAAUGCUUGUGGAGAUUCUUCUUCAUCCUGUUCAAGUUGGGUGAAAAAUGGCUUUUGCUCCUCAAAAUUUUAUACAUCCGCCCAAAAAACCGCCUAUUGUGGAACAUCUUGUAAUUUGUGCGGCAGUGCUACAACCGCUACAACUGCUGCAUCAUCUUCAUCUUGUACUGAUGCACAAUCUGCGUAAGAACUCUCAUAUUAGAUUUCCAAUAACGAAUAUCUAUGUAUUUUCAGGUGCACUUCCUGGGCUGCUAACGGUUUCUGCACCAAUUCCUUCUAUACAGUAGCUGUCCGAACUCAAUACUGUGCCAAAACUUGCAAUCUCUGUACAGAAACUACAGCUUCUUCAAGUGAUUCUACUGAUAGUUCCGAUUCUACUGAUGAUUCUAGUGAUACAACUGCCGCCUCUGCAACAACCACAACAGCAACAUCUUGCACAGAUUCAGCUUCAGCUUGUUCUUCAUGGGUUGCUAAUGGAUACUGUACCAAUUCAUUCUACACUGAUGCACAAAGAAAACUCUAUUGUGCCAAAUCUUGCAAUUUGUGUUAA